AUGAAAAUGAAAGAAGGUCAGUCAUCAUCCAUGGAUUCGAACGAUACGAGAAAUUCGAUAUCAAAUUUAGUAUGUACAACUAAAGGAUGCGUUAUGGCUGCUACUAACUUGCUGAUGGCAAUGAACGUUUCGGUCGACCCAUGCGAAAACUUCUACGAAUAUGCUUGUGGGCAGUGGAACAGGGACCACCCAAUACCUGACGAUAUGUUCGCUUACGGUACGUUCGCUUAUGUCAGAGAGAGUGUUCGACAGCAGAUGCGAACUUUACUAGAAUCGGAUUCGAUGACAAAUUCGCGAUCGAUUACGAUGGCACGCAUUGCUUAUAAAACUUGUAUGAAUGGUUGUUCUUUGUUGGAAAUUUUCAGGCAGCUGCUCGAUGCACUUAAUUUGUUGGCGAAAUGGCCGUUGCUUGAAAGCGGGACUUGGGAUCGAAGCGCUUUCGAUUUUACGUUAUUGCUUGCUGCUGCACGACGUGAUUUUGGCAAUGAAAUAUUUUUUCAAGUUUAUGUCUAUGCUGAUGCCAAAAAUACGACAAAGAACACUUUAUAUAUAGAUCAAGGUGUGCUGGGCCUGGGUCGUGGCUCGCGUGAUUAUUACCUCAAUUCAACGAUGUUUUCAAAGCAUUUAGAAGCAUAUAAAUUAUAUCAACGCGAAAUAAUCAAAUUGCUAAUGGCUGAUGCAAAUAUAACUUACAAUGGAACGCAACUCGAUAACGAUCUUAAUGAAAUUAUUGAACUUGAAAAAAAACUAGCGAUAAUAAUCGUCCCUGAAGAUGAUCGCAGAAAUAAUACGAGAAUGUAUAAUAAAAGAAAAUUGGCUGACUUAGCUUCAUUAUUUCCUCAGGUGAAUUGGAUUCAAUUCUUCCAUGAAAUAUCACCUGAAUCAUUACAUAAUCUUUUAAACAACAAUACCGAGAUAAUUAUAUCGGAAAUUGAUUUUCUAAUUAAAGCAUCCAAAUUGUUACAUAAAACAGAUGAUCGUAUUAAAACAAAUUAUAUAUUUUGGCGUAUUUUGCACGCAUGGGUAAAAAUACUCGACACACGCUUCGAGGAUAUAAAGCAGGAUUUUCUGCGAGUUAUGACUGGCCAGCAGACAAAAUCACCGCGCUGGAAAGAGUGUGCACAAGGUCCAACGAGUUUAGUUCCAUUAGCAGCUGGAGCUCUUUAUAUCCGUGAACAUUUUGAUUCUAAUGAUAAGAAAGAAGCAUUGGAAAUGAUUGCUAAUCUACGAGAAGCAUUUAAAGAGUUAGUUACUGAAAACGAUUGGAUGGAUGAGGAAACAAAAAAAGUCGCCGUUGAAAAAGCAGAAGGAAUGAUUAAUAAUAUUGGUUAUCCUGAUUUUAUUAAUAACGAUACUGCACUCGAUGAGCAUUAUGAACGAUUGAAUUUAAGUUCAUCAGAUUCAUAUUUUGAUUUACUUCGAAAAGUACUUAUCUGGUCACAGGAAAAGGAGUUUUUAAGGUUAACCAAAAAAUUUGAUAAAUAUGAAUUUGAAGUUAGUCCGGCAGUCGUGAAUGCUUUUUAUUCACCGGAAAAGAAUGCUCUUACAUUUCCUGCGGGUAUUUUGAAACCACCUUUUUUUAGCGGAACAUAUCCAAAAAUGGUGAAUUAUGGUGCAAUUGGUGCAGUUAUUGGUCAUGAAAUAACACAUGGCUUUGAUGAUCAAGGAAGUCAGUUUGAUAAAGAUGGGAAUCUUCAAAACUGGUGGAAUGCAGAUUCAUUUAAAGGUUUCGCUAAACGAAAAGAAUGUAUCAUUAAUCAAUAUAGUUCUUAUGACGUGCCGAAUACUGAUUUAAAAGUGAAUGGAAAACUAACUCAAGGAGAGAAUAUAGCAGAUAACGGAGGAGUUAAAGAGGCAUAUAGAGCUUAUCGAAAAUAUAUCAGGAAAAAGGGAUCUGAAGAAUCGCGCUUGCCUGGUUUUGAAAAAUUUUCCAAUGAUCAGAUUUUCUUUCUCUCAUAUGCGCAUUUCUGGUGCGGGCAUAAAAAAGAUGCAGCUGCUGUGCAACAAGUGCUUACCGAUGAGCACAGUCCAGAAAUAUUUCGCGUUAUCGGAGUACUCUCGAAUCUUAAUGAAUUUUCAGAAGCUUUUAAUUGUCCAUUAGGUAGCCCGUUAUAUCCACCGAAAAGAUGCGCAGUUUGGUGA